AAAUUGGAGGAAAUGAGAUUAAACAGCAAGCGCCAGUGCCCGGGGGUUAGAGCGUCAGACGCCCUCUGUCUUAUAGCGAGAUGCAAAUAUCGGCGAUAUGGCUCCUUACGGAAAAAAUGGCAAGUGGUCCAACAGAAAGAUUGUGAAUGGUUACAGUGUUCUAGGUGAGAGAAAAAUAAGCGCACAAACUGGUCGGGGGAGAGCCAAGGGAGUGCGAGAGGAAAAAGACAGGCCGAUCACAACCCCUUAUUCAGAGGCAGGAUCGAGAAGAAGGAGCUGCAACCGGGAGCGAGGUGACAGCUUUUUGCUUUUACCCAGAGACAGAGGCAGCGCAUGUGAAGGGGGAUGGGGGAGUGUUCGUGACGCGCACACGCUAGACAAUAAGAACUCAUUCCGCCUGAUAUACAUUUUUCCAGGCUGCCGCGGACGGCCAUUGCUGAGCGCCGCGCCUUUAUUCCCUCCCCAGCCUACCAGGCCCGCAUUUACCAAGCCUUUUGCCGACAGCCGACGCGGUGGGAAAUUGCGGGUGUCAAGGGUUUCUAGGCCGGAAGCACAAAGGCUGAAUGCAGCGGAUUAUCAACGUGUUGCUCUGGGUUCAUUAUUUUCUUGCUGCUCGCAGGCAACAAUGGCCUGCGCAUGCCUGGCUUCCCAAAUGGGGCAGAGUGAACACACCCUAGACAGAUGGGUGAAUGGGCGCCCCCUUGGCCGUUACUGAGGAGCGCCACCUGCCUGUGAGCCCCAUUGCACCCACUAUCCGCUGCCGCUCCAGAUAGCAGUGGCCGGGCUGGCGAGGUUAUCACGGAUGCAGAAUGAAGUAUGUGCGUAUACACGCAUGGUUCUGCGGCAUACCGCAAGGAGAAAGGGG